AUGGACCCCGAUAUGUUAGAAGCCCACAAAGAAAGGCUCCGAAAUAUUGCACGGGACGCACAUGACAGUCGUGUGCCAUUUGAGACCAUUACUUCCCAUCACCGCGAAAUCUUAGACAGAGCCAUCAGAAAUGUUCUCUCCACCGAACUAGCACAGUUCACGUACUCUCAGAUCAUUGAUGGUCUUCCCAUUGCCGAUAUUGCCUGGGACCGUCGACUUCCUGGUAUCAUGGGAGAUCAUAUCAUUGAUGACCAUGAGACAUUGUGCCCUGGAGCUCUGGAGAAGGCACAGGAGUACUACAAGGAGUGGGACUCUUCGAGCCUCAAGUUUGAUCCUGAAACUCUAAAGGCCUUCCAAGAGGCCGAACCUGGCUUCAAGUCUUUCAAGCUGCACUUAGUCGAGUUGGUAGCUGUUGCUUUGCAUCAAAUAGCAGUUUGGCUACAUAAGCUUGAGCCUCAUCUCCACCAGGGAGAUAUUGACGCCGUCACAAACUGGGAGAUGCCGUUAUCUGAGACGAUGACUCGAUUCCCACCUGGGCCUACCCUUUUCAGUCAUCACGAUUAUCUCGACGACGAUAUAUACCCAGAAGGGGUGGCAGAUAUGGUUGGCUACUGGGCUGAGGAUCGCAUUCUAGGUGGCGUAACUGUGUUUGAGCGACGUCCCGAGAACCCAGAUGAGAUACCCAAUAUCUACUUUCACCCAUGCCGCAAGAGUCAAACGAUAAGGGUUUACCAACUGCGAGAUGAACAGCAACAAGCUCUCUUCGACUCCCUACUACAGGAUGAAUCAUCUACAUUGCCGUCACCCCUUCCAAUUCUUGGUGAUAAGCAAAAUCGUGUACGAGUAGACGCGCCGAGAGCACUUACCCACCAUCACAUCUACAGAGAUAUUUGGGAACGAAGGCCAUUAACCAACAUAGAAAUGAGAAUAUUUGACAGAAGACCGAAAGAUGAACCUGAUUAUCCCGAGGUUGGCGAUAUGAUACGUCGCAUCAAUGCACAGGGUGGCAUUCCACUACCGCAACCUCGUCCGCGCUCUUUGUCGCCGCCUAUAAGAGAGGAUUCUGGAGAGAAUAAUUAUAGAGAUAGAGACUAG